CAACAGCGGCAAUCGACGCUUAUGGACCGUAUACUCGUGACUAUAAUAUUGGGUUGGUUCAUCGUCAUCGUUCAGGGAGUUUCCACGCAUCUUCUUUUUCUCUUCUUCUCACUUUCACUUGCAUAUACUCUUCCUCAUGUCCACUCGAAUAUCAACCGACUACCAUCGUUAUCAUCAUGACUCACAAAAUAGAACCGUGCGACGCUCCAGUACCACGUCUCAUAAACGCAUGCUGGGACCUGACCACUCAGUUUCCAACUCCUCCCGUAGAAUCCAUUCAUUGCAACAACCACGCACUAGCAACAAAUUUCAGGAACAAGACAUCGCAUAUGGUUCGCCAAGGCAACAGCAUUAUUAUACAGAUACAGCAUUGACAAGCUUACAACCAAGAGACACAAAUAUACAGACUCGGCCACGACUACGCCGACUUUCAACUCCAGACUUGACUGAUACACUGACGAAUAGUCGCAGUGAUAGUGACAGCGAAUUGAACAGUCCAACUUAUCGUCAGAAUAGUCGAAGUUCACCACAGCUGUCCAUACCCGGAGCGUGGCCAGCUUCCCCCAUAACAUACACCGAAGAACCUGGCGAGAUCACUGUCGAUGGGUUGAGCGAUGAAUUUGAUUAUGUUAUAUUGAGAGUUCCAGCAAAGUCUAGAGCAUCUAGUAUAGCUAGUUUUUCUUCGUCAGCCAGAAGAUCGAUGGACAGUUCAAGAAGAGGAAGCAUUGAAGAAGACGUGACAGAGAGGAGUGUUUCUCGACUAUCCACACCCGAAGCCACUCACCUCGUACAAUCCAUUAAGGCACUUAAAACUCCGGUGCCUGAUCAGACCAGGCAGUUCGCCAUGUAUUCGCCUGACCGCUCUACGAGCUGGAGAGUGGAUGAUAUGGGGAAAUACGAAUAUUUAGUUCUUAGAUCGUCUUCACAAAUGUCUACCGGAAGACUUCGCAUGUCUUCUGAAGAGAGUGAUAAAAUUGCCUAUGAGUCUGAUCAGAAUGAAGAAGUUGAGAGUCUCAAUAUUGCUAAUCCAGGUUUUCCUCUUGACGAUAUUGCUGAUCAAUGGCAUGAUCCUCCUCAAAGUUUUUCAACCUACCAUCGCUCUUCAUCGUAUACCGAAAUUACUGCAUCCUUAUUUGCCUACAAACCCGAAGAAAUCAGAGGAGCGAGUCCGUAUCAAGUCAAAAACGCAAGCACGACCGUAUUGGAAGUACCACACCGACCACGUUCUCGUUCCUUAUCAGAACUGCGCCCACAUCCGACGCUGUCUGCCAGCGAGCCUAGUCACUUGGAUCAGAUACCGCGCGUCCCUGAGCAUCGCACCAGCAUGCCACCUACAUUGAAAAGGUCAUCUUCAUCAGGAUCUCAAAAGCUCGCACGCCUCCUUUCAACUGUGAGUAGACGUAGUCUUCAGACCUUAAAGAUGUCGUCGGCGACCGAAAUUGGGAACCAGAUGGAACAAGUUUGGGAGAGAAGGAUGGAGCAAGCAGCUUCCACCCCACCUCAAACUGGUCUUACUCGAAAAUAUACUUUGAGUCGACCGUCGUUUUGGGAUCCUAACCAUCAUGUACAGGACGCAGCCAUCCAGCAUUCACCAAAGCCUUCGAUAGGAUUCAAGAUCCUCUCAAUAUUUCGACCUAGGAAAAUGCGGGUUCGAAGUCUCAUGAGACAACAGCAUUUAUUGGAAAGAGGAUGGGCUGUUGAGCGUGCCCGGUCACCAUGCAUUGCAUACAUGCAGGACAUGGGAAUUCAUAUGGGACGACUGAAUCCUUUCGCCAUCAUCAAUAACACAUGGGAGAAAGGAGAGCCUGGAAGUCAUUUGAGCUUUAGAGAAUCCGACUUUAAUCAGAUAGAUACGUACGCACGAAGUGUUCGUCAGAAUGGAACAGCCGUGACACCAGAACAACUCGCAACAAAAUAUAUCGUCCGUCCGUAUAGGCGAGAUAUUCAAAAAGUUCGCGCCAUCUUUAUGUGGAUUAUUGAAAACAUUCGCAUGGGCGCACCUCAGGACGGAGCGUCUAGUAACGGAAGCAAAUCACAAGGAUCUGACAAUGAAAACGAUGGAUCCAUCGGAGGCUUUGGCACUUCAACACACGCUGAACAAGUCGAGAAAGAUUGGGUCGAAACCGCAGAAGUGGUGUUGUCAAAACGUUGGUGUCGAACUGGCGUUGGAUUUGCACGGCUCUUUUGUGAAAUGGCCGUUGCAGCGGGCUUAGAUGACACUAAAGUUGUCUAUGGCUAUCUUCGCGUACCAAAAGACAACAUUGACAUUGCCACUCGUAGUAACGGAAAGAUCAAGAUAAAUCAUGCCUGGUGCGCUGUUAAAAUCGAUGGUACCUACCGACUGAUUGAUUGUUACUUGGCGUCACCAUUCCUUCCAAGCAACAAAGGGUUUGUUGAGUCUCAUUGGUUCUUAGCCAGACCACUGACCAUGAUAUAUACGCACUUUCCAGCGUCGUUUCAAGACCAGUUCCUCGAUCCUCCUGUCACUUCAGCCGUCUUUUUCGCUUUACCACAUGUUCGAACCCCAUUCUUUAAGCAUCAUCUACAAGUGUUGGAUUACGAGUUUACCUACUUGGAUCUUGUCGACGAUGAUGUUCUGCAUAUGACGCUCUGGAUGGACGAUGCCACCGGCUGCUACGCUGAAGUAGAAUGUAGAUUGCAAAAAACUGGAAGUACAACAUCAGCCAUCAUCAUCAAGAGAGCUUUAGCUCAAUUCAUCAUGGAUGGCCAUCAACGUGUUUGCAAGAUUAAGGCUGUACUUCCAUCGGAUAUGCGGGUGGGCUGGCUAAAGAUCUAUGCUGGACCCAAAAUCUGGCCAGAUUCCCAGACAGCCAACUCUGCAUUCAAUCCUUAUCCUCUGGCCAUGGUUUAUCGAAUAACCCACAGUGGUCGACCACCGCAGGUGUUUGACUUUGUGAAAUCACACCUGAGUGUAUAUGACUUCUAUGUCCAUGAGCCGCAAUGUUACGUCCUGUACCCUAUGCAAAUGUAUACCUUUCGUAUCCUCAGCAUGGUCAACAGGCACCAGAAGUUAGCGGUCAAGAGCCCCACUGGGCGUUUGAACAGACUCGUCUAUUUUCCCCAGGACAAGAGUUAUACUGGGUCCAUGAUUGUAGGUGAAGUUGGAAUCUGGCACUUGGUAUGUCUGCAGGAGUCUGGUAGUUGGAACAAUGUCAUCGCCAGCUGGGAAUGUCGUUCCUGAACAACGAUCGUAUCAUACGAUUUUAACAUGAAGUGUUGUACAUAACUGUUUGGUCGGGUACCAAUAUCAGCAAUAUUGAAGUUAUUGCUUUCCCAUGUUACAUGUAAUUAAAUUACAAAUAAAAAAUAUAACUUUCAAU